AUUGAUAAGGAAGCCAGACCACCCUCCCAGCCGAGAGCAUUGACGGGAACCCUGCCAUCUGCUCUUUGCCAUCACUGGUCCUGAUUUACAAUCUCAUUAUACUUUAAAGCAAGCAAGCAAGCAAGCAAGCAAACGCACAACAGGAGCUAAACAAAAGAGUGCUGGUGCCUCCUUAAGCGUACCCCUGGCAGGCUGCUUGCUUAAUCAUACAACUGCCCUUCAGCUAUCCACACUGGGUGUGCCCUCACGCUUAUGUCCCUCCUUCAAAACUGCGAGCAAACUUCCGAGACUCUCUCACUCCUGGACCGACUCAUCAGACUUGGACGUGCCUUUGUCUUAAAAGCUCCGGCUGGGGAAACUCGGAGUUUGUUUAGAGAGGAAGAGAGAGAACCAACCCAGGACAGACAAUGGACAGCUUGUGGACUCGGGCAAUUUGGGGAUUACUCUUGGUGCAGCUGAGCCUGGCCCAGAUCGAACUGAAUCUUACCUGCAGAUAUGCAGGGGUUUAUCACGUCGAAAAAAAUGGCCGAUACAGUAUUUCUCGAACUGAAGCUCCUGACCUUUGUAAGGCUUUUAACAGCACCCUCCCUACCCUGGAACAAAUGGAAAGAGCAUUGAGCAUUGGGUUUGAGACUUGCAGGUAUGGAUUCAUAGAGGGACAUGUUGUAAUCCCAAGAAAGACCCCCAGAUUUCUGUGCGCAGCCAAUAACACUGGCGUAUAUAUCCUCGCCUCAAACACAUCUCUGUAUGACACCUACUGCUUCAAUGCCUCAGCCCCAUUGGAUGCAGAAGACUGCUCAUCUGUCUCAGACAUACCAAGUGUAUUUGAAGGACAAGUCACCAUAGGCAUUGUAAAUCCUGAUGGAACCCGCUAUACCAAGAAAGGAGAAUACAGGACAAAUCCAGAUGACAUCAACUUCAACUACAAUCAAGACGAUGAUGUGAGCAGUGGAUCUGCUGGUGAGAGGAGCACCAUGGGCAGUUCCACCAUCAUCCAGACUUCAUACCCUGAUGUAAUGACUACUUCCUUCAACGGCCUGAGGAAUGAUGACUUUGAAACCUCUUCUCCUGCAGUCACCAAGACUCAUUCCAUUCCUGAAACAACAGCUCAGGAGCAGCAUAAUUGGAUGUGGUCGUGGUUUGUCCAAUCACCUCCUAAGACUGAGUAUCUCACAACGGCCAAGCCAGCUUUGACCAGCUCUAGUGGUACCACCCAUAAGACAACAGCAGUGGGACAAGAAGAUUCUGACUGGUUUUCACAGUGGCUCUGGCCUUCAAAACGUGAGAGGCAGCUGUACACAACCACAAGGACAGUUGGUAUGGACUCAACUACCACUUCAGAAAGACUGCAACCAACUGAGGAAAGAGAAGAUGAAACAGAAAAGUUCCCCAGUUAUUCUGGAUCAGGCAUUGAUGAUGAUGAAGAUUUUGUCAAUCAUGAUCACUCCAGUACCACUUCAGCUACAACACGUGCUACAAGUGAAGAAACGAUUGGGAAUCAAGACUGGCAAAACUGGGAACAUGGUCCCCAAAAUCCUGAAGAACAACCUCAAGCAACAACAGAAGUGACUGCUAUUGUGGAUAUGACCAGAAGUGAUGAUAGGUCUUAUGGAGAAAAUUCAACCAAAGAAUCACAGCAUCCUCUUAUAUUUGAUGGGAACCAUGAAGAUUAUGAUGGACAUCAUUCUUCAAGUACAACCCAGGACAGAUAUUCCAGGCAUGAAACAACAUCUCAGAGCCAAGAUGAUUCCUGGAUAGACUACCUUGAUCCAAUUUCCCAUCCAAUGGAACCCUACAAUCCAACAAGAAGGAACAUGGAUACAGCACCUCACCACUCAACUGCAGAUCCAAAUGAAGGGUGGAUUGAAGACUAUGGCACCACAGAGCAAUCUCCAAUGGCCACCCCAGAACAGAAUCAUCCUGAGAGCACCUCCAGACCACGUACAGGUUUGGAAGAUGGCCAUGAGCAUUCCACAGCUCCUUCUCCAACAUCCUUCAAUGGAGAAACAGAUGGAAACUUUCCUGAAGACUCAACCACUCCUGUAGAAGAUUCCAUUUCUAAUUUCCCAGACACAAAUGAAAACACAACCCACUCCUCAGGGGCCCACAUGCCUACUGAGUUGCCAGGAAUGACUGAACCUACUGUUUCAGGAGGUUUUGCUUCUGAUAAUUCAGGUCCUGAUGACUCCUAUCCUCAUCGACCCCGUAGGCCUGCUGUUACAGGCUACUCAACCCCAUUCCCUGAAGGGAACCAAGGCCAGUCUGGACAAACAACUGACAACCGUCCAAGAAAGGCCCAAAUUCCAGGUAUGUUCCAACUUGGAAAAGGCAGAGCCUCUGAUGGAGAGACUCCCCAAAUCUCAGUCCUCAUGAAUGACCAAAGAGAUCAGAAGGAGAAUGGCCACCAGGGCUCAUUCCUAUUGCCUUUCCAAUCUACAGAAGAGGGAAGCAAAGUAGAUUUCAUUAGAGCUGAGCAGCCUAAUUCCUCCCCCUUGAGCCAUGGAUAAUAGGAGCCAUGUGGUCUCCUGGGUACAAGGUACAGAGGGACAGAAACACUUCUUUCUUCCCCUAGUGAGCCUAGACUGACUUUUGAUCAGAUUUAAGCUCUGAAAACCCUAGAAAAUCAU